AUGUACGAGCUAUUCUUGACGUCCCAGGUUGAGGAAAAGGACUUCAAUGGUGCAUGCGCUGUUUUAAGUGGCUUCUGUGCCAUGUCUCCUUGGGAGACCGUGAACAGAGUACUCUACUUUCAAGGCCCUCCUCGACCAAACGGCAUCACAAAUCAGACAUCCAUCGACAAGCCUCUCCGAAAAGAUGCCGCUUUUCUGUGGAAAGACCUUCAUCAAAGCCUUAGCCGUCAGUCAUUUGUACUUCAAGCCAGAUACGAAAUUGUUAAAAGUCGGGACAUGGGACCCUCCGCCGCACCCGUCGACUUGGAUAGUGUGCCAGGUAUAUUACGAUGGGCAGAUUUUCCGGACCCUCCCCACGGUAGACCGUUGCUUACUCAACGGAAAAUGGUGGAAAUCUGGGAACAAAAAAAGCUAUUAUCCAUUAUGCGAGAUAAUAACUACAGAUUUAAAACGGAAACAUUAGAAGAAAAUUACAAGUUCUUCCGUGACGAAGUCGAGUUUUGCCUCACUCGGCAGUACUUCCCGCGGCCCAUUAGCGACUAUACGCCGCUAGAAUCCAGAGGCGAAGGGCAGCCCAACCCGUUGACAUCAAUGCCAGACUGGGACAGCGUAACUCCAGUGGACAUGCAGAACAGAUGGAUUCUCCUCGUCAAGUCACAUGUGCUUCAAGACAACAAACCAGACGAGAUAAGAAAAGCCCAAGACCAACUGUUAUCCAUACGCGGAGAGUUGGAAGGCGCAUUUGACUUCAAGACAAUUGACCGCAAGGUUCAUGAUACCCGAGUAGCCCAACAACAACAAGGAAUCCAGGCCUUACCCCAAAAAGUCAUUAUCGGCAAGUCUUGA